AUGAGUUCUCGUCCCGAUAUAAUCUACAAUGAAUAUGGCAUGGACACGGGUUACAUGGACCGACUGCGCAAACUACGACCCAAGGCCAUGUGGGUCAAGAACUACUAUGGAGGUUCUGAUCUCUACAGCCCUACGAUGAACGGAGACGUCAGGACAGUCAUCGAGGGAUGUCCAACCCUGUGGUUCAGAGAAGUUGCUGGCUACCCAAAUCACGUUGCGUGUAUGGAGUUCAACGAGCUGUCGGCGGUGAUUUCUCGUGAGAACUGGCAGAUCGCUGUAGAUCGUGUUUACGCCGCCGACGAAAGGCUUCGCGUCGGCGAUCCUGAUCGGAAACAAUAUAGACUCCUUGGGCCUUUGGAGAGGCCAGAACAAGAGGGACCUUGGAAGUUGGAAGUACCAAAAAUCAUCAGACCGUCGAUCGAAGAGCUGCCAGGUUCGAAUGAUUGGCUAUAUCGACGACAUUCGAAGAUACCGAGCCCGGUUCGCGGGAGCAAUCGCAAGUCACUCAUCUCGAAACCCGCAGAAUGCAAAGAGGAGGAGCGAUCGUGUACGGGUCUGACUCGGCAACAAGGUUCAAAACCGAGCAAUCAAUCAAGAAAGCUCUUAGCUGCCACGUCAUCUAGACGGCUUCUCAGUUUUGCAACAUGA